AUGGCUCAACUUUGCCAAUUAAAAGAAAUUGAUCUGUCAGGCAACACAUGGAAUCGAUCCAUAUCCCAAAUCCUAGAUAGUUGCUCCGGAUGUCUUUCUGAUAGCUUACAGCUUUUGAGACUUACGGAUAGUCAAAUAUAUGGUCAUUUAACCUAUAAAAUUGGCCAGUUCAAAACUCUGAUCUCUCUUGAUCUAUCUAAUAAUUCAAUUUCUGGUCCAAUUCCAGCAUCAUUGGGAAAUCUUUCCUCUUUGAGAGAUGUGUCCCUCGUUUAUAAUCACAUUAGUGAAACUCUCCCUGAAUCUUUGGGGCAGCUUGUUAAUUUGGAACGUUUAGAAAUUUACAAGAAUCAGAUAGAAGGCAUCGUUUCGGAGGCUCACUUUGCUAAUACAACAAGUCUGAGAUUUUUUAGGGCAUCGGAUAACCCAUUAACUUUGAAAGUAGGUCAGGAUUGGGUUCCGCCUUUUCAACUUGAAUUAUUUGAUAUGGGCUCCUGCCAUUUGGGCCCAAAAUUUCCAAUGUGGGUACGGUCACAAAAGAGCCUUUCUGUUUUGGUUUUGUCCAACACAAGUCUUGCAGAUGUUCUUCCACCUUGGGUUUUCAACUUCUCUUCGGAAUUAUUUUACUUUGACCUUUCUCAAAAUCAAAUGCAUGGAAGGAUUCCCAAUCUGACGAAUAUGGGGACACAGGAGUACUCAGCAGUCGACCUGAGCCAAAACCACUUCGAGGGGCCCUUGCCUUUGGUAUCUUCCAAGGUGUAUAAACUAGAUCUUUCUGAUAAUCUACUUUCAGGAUCCAUUUCUCAAUUCUUGUGUAGCUCACCAAGUGAGCCAAUGAAUAUGGCAGCUCUCGAUCUUGCCAAAAAUCGGUUGUCAGGAAAAUUACCCAACUGUUGGAGCAAAUGGAAAAAUAUACAGGUCUUAUAUUUAAAUUACAAUAGCUUUGGUGGUGUUAUUCCUUCAUCCUUUGGUUCGUUGAUUUUUCUGCAGUCAUUGCAUCUCCGUAGUAACAACCUAUCUGGAAUAUUAUCUCUUUCUGUUUUACAGAAUUAUAUUAAUUUAGUUACUCUUGAUCUUAGUGGGAAUAAAUUUGGGGGAAACGUUCCUACUUGGCUUGGAACAAGUCCUUCAAUGUUGAGGUUUCUUAGUGCUGGCUUCAAUGAGUUCCAUGGUCAUAUACCUGAUGAAUUAUGUGCUCUCAAUUCCCUACAAAUCUUGGAUCUUUCAAACAACAAUCUGUCCGACCCAAUACCAAAAUGUUUUAACAAUUUCUCUAUUAUGGCAAUAAAACGGGCUGAAUCUCUUGGCUUUUGGUACGAUGUGUCUAGGGGUAGUAACGCUCCUUACGUGGAGGCUGCAUUAUUCCUGAUUAAAGGCAAGCCGAUUGAAUACAAUAAGACACUAGAACUUGUAAAUAUCAUAGACUUGUCUGGUAACUCUUUGUCAGGACACAUUCCUUUAGAAAUUACAAAUCUCUCAAAUCUGCUCUCACUGAAUUUGCCAGACAACCUUUUAGAUGGAGAGAUUCCUGUGAAAAUAGGUAAUAUGCGAGAACUGGAGUCCAUUGAUUUUUCUAAGAACAAACUUUCUGGUGAAAUCCCUCAAAGUAUGUCGAGUUUGAAUUUCUUGAGCUAUUUGAAUUUGUCCUACAACAACCUCAGUGGAAAAAUCCCAACAGGCACUCAACUCCAAAGCUUCAAUUCAUCCAGCUUUGUCGGCAACAAACUAUGUGGUCCUCCACUCACUCCGAACUGCAGCACAAAUGGUGAAGUCACUGUUGUUGAAAAGAAUAGAAAAGAAGACGACCAUGAAAUGUCAUGGUUUUACAUUGGCAUGGCUGUUGGAUUCAUUGUAGGUUUUUGGGGAGUUUGUGGUUCCCUUAUUUUCAAUCGGACAUGGAGACAUAGUUAUUUCAGGUUUCUCGACUGCAUCAAAGACCAGCUCUAUGUGGCUUCAGUCCUAAAGCUGAGAUGGUUCCGUGAAACGAUAACAAGUUGUUACAACAAUCAAUGAAUUGUGUCAUCUUCUAUAAGUGGAUUGUACAUCCUUUGCAGGUCUAUAUACGUUUCAGAUGGAAGGUGUCCCUUGGUCCAAUAAUGAAGAGAUAGAGCACUUGGAGUAAAUUUAUGAUAUUCUGGGAGUAUCGAUUUAGUCUUUUUUUUUUUUUUGGUUCGCUUUUUGCUUCUACGUUCUUUAAAGUACGUUUGAAUCAAAUUCUUAAGUUUGGCAAAUAUUAAGUUUCUGUAUGAAGUAAGGAAACUAUAAUUUUAUAAAUGUAAGGCAUUUGCUUCAAAUCGAACAGGACAAUUACUAUAAAAUUUUUUCAAUCUUUUCAUUUUCUAUCCAGUUUAAAUCUGUGAGGAUAACUUUGUUUUAAUUUCUUACUUCAACUUUAGAGCAUUGAAAUGAAUUUAUAAGUAUACAUGAUAUAUAUGUACAUAUAUAUGUGUAUAUUUUUUGCAUAGUAAAAAAUUAAAGGGAUAAAUUAAGAUUAUGUAUGGUCUGCAUAAAAAAAAGUAUUUAUUAGGAUUCAUGUUUAAUUAAUUAUGAAAGUAAGUUAAUUCAUUGGAUAUAUACCCUGUGAAUAGAGAAGUACAUGAGCAAAAAAGUUUAUGUGAAAGCAGGGUUUUUAUUAUGUUUUCUUUAUGUACAACCUUCAAUUUAUAUAAUUUUAUAAUCUUAAUUACAUAUGAA